CCCACGACUGGUCUGGUUGGAUUCCUGUCCAAUUUGGCCAAUGGUGAGACGUGGAUCGACGGUUACCGUUGCGUGAAUGCAUCCGUGACGAAGGCAGCGAAGGUCAAAAAUGGGUUUAGGUUCACGGGGCCUGGGUCCAUGGCAACAUGGCCAGUGAACAGCCGGGAGGAUAACAGACAGUACAGCUUUGUGAACCACAGAUUCACCCUUGUGGCGACGGUGACCAUUCUCCAGGUUGCGAAGGGGAGCACUCCUCUGCUGGGUGCGAGUCUGGGGGACGGUGCCGGCAAGAAGUUCAUUGGACUGUCGCACAGCAUGGAUAAAACGUGGGAGACGGUGUUUGAUGGGAAGAAAACGACAUCGAACACCACUUGGGAGCCGGGGAAAGAACACCAGGUGGCGCUCAUGCUGCAGGACGGCAACAAGGGCUCCGUGUACGUGGAUGGUAAGAUUGUGGGGAGCCCAGAGCAUAUAACGAUACUUGGGGCGCUGGGACAUGAAAUCACACAUUUCUACUUUGGUGGAGCCGAGGGAGACACCAACAGCAGCGAUGUGACAGUGACGAACGUCUUUCUGUACAACCGCCCACUGAGUGUCGGUGAACUAAAAAGGAAACAAUGGCGGCAAAAAAGGAAAAGGUGA